AUGCUGCGCAACAGCCAGACAAAUGCCCCAGGAGGACAGAGGCCGAAACCGCGAUUCAAGAUUGAGAAAAGACGGAAUCGAGCUCCUCGGUUUAUGCGCCAACUGAAUUCUUUGGAUUUCUCUCGAUUCCGAAAGAAGAACGAUAUUAUGAGACGUCCAAGUGUUGCUUUCGCUGACUAUGAAAUAAAGGACAAAAGGAGUUCAAUUAUGUCCUCCUUGUUGCUUCUGUCUGCACUCAUGGAAGGCGUCGCAUCCUUCGUACUACCCAUCAUUGACGCCUUUGGACCGCCGAAACACGUGGAGCACAAAUUUUACUUUGAGGUCAGUAAUAAAAUGCUCCUUUCUGCGCUGAGACUCCACAAGUCACCUGAUCUAACCGUAGAUUCAAUCUAUCCUUCAUUCCGAUUCCUUAUUCAGGUCUUUCAAAUAAUACAAUUUACUGCCUCGAUCCUGGCACUGGCCUACCUGCAGGCUCUAAUGAUUUACUACGAUUGGAAGAGGCAAAGACGUGAAGUGCUUACACAAAAACUCAUGCGAAGCAGCAGAGACAGCAGUGAGGAGCCUUACCGAACCGACGAAGACAGAGACAACGACUCCGUCGUCUCCGUUGACCCCGAAUGUUCUAGAACCAUUGAGGCUCCCUAUCAACCAGUCCAAAUAGUAGAAAACAACGUUGAAAUAAGUGAAGAUGCAAGCUCUGAAGUUCCUCCAAAUGCGGUGUUUGGGUUUGGAGUAAUGAUUAUGGAUGGAUUCAGGGUUGCCGACCAAUUCCGAGCAGAAAAGAUAAUCUUUGCCUGUCACAGUGUACUCUGGAUCCCCGUAAACCUCAUCCACUCAGUCUACGUCUUCUGGCAAACCUACUUCCUCUUCAAGUAUCAUCGGGUUCGUUUACGUAGCAGUAGUCUCAUGUUUGCAUUUCGCUUCACCUAUAACUGA